AUGGCAACACGAACGAAAACUGUUUGUGUGAUUGGCGGCGGUCCCUCGGGACUCAUAGCAGCCAAAACACUCACUCACGAUCAUCCAAAAGGCACUUUUGACGUAACUGUCUUUGAGCAGUCGCAUAGAAUAGGUGGACUAUGGCCCGUCUCCCAUGAUGACGAUGGUUUAGUGAAUCCAGAUAUGUGUACGAACCAAAGCCGUCAUACCGUCAGUUUUAGUGAUUUGGCAUGGCCUGCUUCAUCCCUCGCUUGUCCAAAAGCAUGGCAGGUUGGGAUAUAUCUUGAGGACUAUGUCAAAAUGUACCCUGGAUACUCGAUUAAGACUGGUGUCAAAGUUUGCAAGGUCGAGCCACCAUCUGGUUGGCAAACUAAUCCGGCCACGACGGAGAAAUGGAAUGUGCAUGUUCAACGUUACGAAUCCGCCGAAUUCACUGAAUCACCACAAGUUUAUGAAUUUGACCAUGUUAUAGUGGCUACCGGGUUUUUCGGAAAACCUAAAAUACCUGAAAUUCUUACAGGCUUUCCAGCCCCAGUCUGGCACAGCUCAAAGCUUCGUGAUGUCAACAGUUUGUUGACCGACAAUGGAAAACUCUCUUCACCCAAAGGCAAGAAUAUUGUCAUUGUCGGGGGUCAAAUGUCUGGUAUCGAAACCGCAGCAGCAGUCGCUUUGCAAGUAUCCUCCUCCAUACCAAACCCAGCACCAACAUUCUUACCCCUCGAUCUGGUCACUUACAAUAUUGGACGGAAGCCUGCCGGACCUCUCAAAAACUCGUCCGGCCACAUAUCGCCAGAAGUAGCCAAAAUGACGAACAAUUUCAUGACCAACUAUCUUGGAACUGAUCAAAGUGGAAUCGGUACAGAUCAUCUAGCAAUAGCAGGAGACGUUCGCUCUGAGCCACCACGACUUACAGCUAGCGAAAAUUAUGUAGAGUUUGUCAGAUCUGGAGACAUCAAGACCAUCCGAGGAACAGUAACGAGUGCAGAUCCCAACCUACCAAAUGCCAUUAUUAUUGAGGAUGAUGGAGCACAACAAAUCAUUGACGAUGUUGCCGCAGUAAUCUUGGCAAUUGGUUUUGACGCGUCACCAUCUCUCAAUUUUUUACCGAAAGAAAUUCUCCAACAUCUCUCAUUCGACGAAUCAAGUAGUGAAUUCCCAUUAGCUCUAAAUGUACAUUCUACAAUCAGCGCAAAGAUCCCGUCCCUCGGCUUCGUCGGUUUCUACCGAAGUCCCUAUUGGGGCGUAAUGGAAAUGCAAGCUCGAUUCCUUGGGAAACUCUGGUCCGGUGACGCACAAGCACAAAAAACCCUAGAAACAGACGAUACUCUCAACAAACUUCUUCAACUGCGCACCGAUCCACGCAUUGCCCAGUUUCCAAUGGGUGAUUAUGUGUACUUAAUGGAAUCAUUCGCUACAGCUAAGCACGCACGGGGAUUGUCCUCCCAUCCCGCUAUCUCUAUUCUCAAGCAAGCGAUGCUCAAAAAGAACAAGCCGCGCUUGCCCUCUCCAUCGUCAACUCCACAUUCGAUUCAUCAUCUCGCGGCGCCUUCGUCUCCAAAGCCAUAUUCCGUUCCCUCCAAGGAACAUGGAAGCUCUCGCGGAGUAGAUUAUUUGUUUCAUGAGAUGGAGAUUUUGGUUCCUGAGGCUGGUGAUGAGCAGGGGAAAAAGAAGGUGGGAUGGAGGGCUAAGUCGAGUCAUCUUUGUAUUGCCGAUACGUAUGAUGUGGAAUAUGAGUUUAGAUUUAAGGGGGUGAAUGUGGAAGAGUGGAAACAGGAAUAUAGUGUGGAGGGACCGAAUAAGGAUUAUAAAAUUAAGAAUGACUAUAGACGGUAG